AUGGAUAUUGCUAUAGGAAGCGACGAUCUGACAGUGUCAAACUGGUCAGGUGGAGAUGUUCACAUUUUACGCGGUUUUUCGUGUAAGGGAGCCAUGGUGACACAAAUGCCGUACAACAACCCACGGGUACUGGAGGAACAUAACCACCCGCCCAACAACGCUGAGUUCGAAGUCACACUGUUGAGGCUAAAAAUGAGAGAUCUGGCAGCGACGAGCACAGGUACCCUAAAUUCUUUGGUGAGGAUGGUGCUGAGAGAGGCAUCACAGGAGGCCCGGAAUCUGUUGGAGCCGAUACUCGAUGGCAAUCAAACGAGACCUGCGUCGACUGCGACAAAAGCUGACAUCAGAUACCUGAAGACAAUGACCUACCUCCCAGCUGCCACAAUCGUUGGUCCCUACCACGAGGACGAAGCAGUGGUCGGUCGGAAUUCUUCCGUUCGUUGA